AUUCAUUUGACGUCACGAGUCUUAACAGCUGAUCGUCACUCGUUACCUGUAAGCCACGAGUUGACAACAGACAGCAGGAGUUUCACCCUUCAUCUUGGAGACCAAGCUACAGAAGGAAACGUCAACCCUAACAACACCUGUCUGAGAUGCCAAAAUAUUGUUCGGUCCGAAACUGUAAGAAUGAUUCCGGGAACGGCAAGGAUAGGAAAAGCUUCUACAAGUUCCCUCUACAUGACCCAGUCCGGCUGCAGCAGUGGCUCAGGAACAUGGGACGUGAGAAUUGGACUCCCUCUCAACAUCAGUAUAUUUGCCAUGAACAUUUUGCACCUUCAUGCUUUAAGAUGCGAUGGGGCAUACGUUACCUGGAGAGCGAUGCCAUACCCACAGUCUUCCCAGAGGUUGAGAAACGGAAAGCCAUGGAUCAAAGUGAGAAGAAGCCAAAACGGCUUCGAGCAAACAGUAAUCAAAGCGUAACGGUGUCAAAUGACAGAACAGUGCCUGUUGACGCUGUAGAGAUGGAAAGUACAAUGCACACAGUGCACCUAUAUGAGAUCGCUGUUGACCCAGCGCAGCAAGAAGAUACCAGCUUGGUGGAGUCAGCUGAUGUUGGAGAAUUUGCACCCUCUCUCCAGACAGACCUGAACUCGCAGGCAUCAGUAGACGGAUUCAAAACAGGAGCAGAUUUACCUCUAACUUUAUGCCAAACAGUGGAUGAUCUGAGUGGAGAGAACACAGAGAUGGUAGUGAUGUCUGAGUGCCCUGCUGGUGAAGGGCAAGAUGAGCUUGUGAAUCGAAUCGCUGCUGCCAUUUUAACUCAGGGACACGGGCUGAUUGUGAAUGACUCCACAUCUUACUGUACAGAUGAAGCUGUGACUUGUCUUGGUGUUGAAGAUGCCACUCGUACCACAGAGGAGUUCUCUGACAUCCAUGAAGGUCAUCAAACUCAAAUCAUUGCCUACUUUGAAACCAUCCCAAAUGUUUUUCCCAAUGAAACCUCAACCCAAUUCACUUUCUCCCCGGAUACGGUGCUGUCAACCGCUCUGAGCUCCAAGCCAAUCACAUCUACUCUGCCUAUAGUGUCCAAACAUGUGCCACCUUCCCCCACGUCCCUGCUCCUCGCUGUGGAAAGACUGGACACAGAGGGGGGAGACGGAGAUGAUGGCAAGUCAGAGGAGGAUGGUAGUGAAAAUCUGGAUUACCAGCUGGAGGAACACUGCUACCAUAAGAACAGUCUGACAAAGGAGCAGCUGGAGACUAUUGUGACCGAGCUGCAGAAGAAAGUGAAAGUGCUGCAGCAGCGACACCGCAGACACAUGGAGAAACUUCUAGGUCUUGAGAACACGGUCAGUCAGUUGAGGCAAAGCAACCUGCUGAAUGAAGAGAGGCUGCAGCUGCUUGAGAGGGCUUACUUACAGACCAGUGCUGCAGUGUCAGAUGCUGGAGAGACUGUGGCCAUCAUCUACGAGGAGGACAAUGCUGCAUACUUGUAUACUCCACUGAAUGGUGCAGAGGAAAAGCUAUGAGGCCCAGCUGACUGGCUGUCUGCUGCCCAUCAUACCAAAAAUUAAGCAACACUGUUAAUGUUGUUGAAAAGAAAAUGCUACCUACAGUAACUGUGUGUUAACACGACAUGAGAUCUGUAUAUGGAAGGUGACAGUGUGUUGAUGGAUCUGGUGCGAACUUUGCAUAGAUAUGGAUUAGUAAUAUGGGCCAUUGGUGAAUAUGUUUUUCUUCUCCACCCUUUAAACCACUUUUGUUUGUGGAUAUGUACAUAUCAUAUUAAACAAGACUUCCUUUUA